CGAGUCCGGAUGAAAAUCGACCGACAAUCAUCAUUGGUGAUGAGAUUCCCUUUAAGUACGUCGUUGUGCACAAUUCACUGCCACAGGCCAGGGUGGAACUGGUGGAGUUUCUGAUUGCCAAGCCUUUUGUUACUGUCACGGAUCCCGAUAAGAAUACGGUUCCGGCUCAAGUUAGUCCCGUGUGGUCAUGGCAUCGUGGAGGAUUCACAGCGUAUGCUCCGCAAGCGUCCACGACAAAGUACCGAUUGACCUUCAAGGCUACCGUUCCGCCAAUGGGACUCAAAGUCUACACAAUUCACUCCGUCAAUUCAGCUGCAGAAAGCCGUGGUGUAACGUAUGCAAAGAUCACAAUAAUGACUCACUCACCAUUUUCCCUGAGCUUGGGUGAGUAUCCCAAUCAGGUUGAAUUUACAACGCCCAAAGAGGUGUCUCUGCACAUGGCAAAUGGUGCUGGUGUUGCAUUUAGCAAUCAGGGCCUUCUCAAGUCAAUGACCAUUGAUUCCAAUUCCCCAAGUGUGCCAAUUCAUUUGGAAUUUCUGAAGUACGGUGCCAAGAUGGGGCCAGAUCGUAGUGGUGCUUACUUAUUUAUGCCAGAUGGACCGGCUGUACCUCUAUUGCUGGGCAAUCUGACGACACUGGUGAGUCGUGGGGAAUUGGAAUCGAGUGUGUCUACGGGAUUGCCUUUUGUCAUCCAUGAGAAUAUUAUGCGAGAAGAUGGGCUAGAGAUUAGAAAUUUGGUGGAUAUUGGAGAUAUGGACAAUACGGAGAUUGUUAUGAGAUUUAACACGAAAAUCACCAAUGGAGAAUUUUUCUACACGGAUCUCAAUGGAUUCCAGGUGAUCAAACGUCAGAGAUUUAGUAAGAUUCCUCUUCAGGCAAAUUACUAUCCAGUGCCGAGUUCGAUGUUCAUUGAGGAUGAGACAUUUAGGCUGACACUUCUGACGGCUCAGUCAUUGGGCGGAUCAUCGCUGAAGUCGGGUCAGAUGGAGAUAAUGCAGGAUCGGAGAUUAAAGCAGGAUGAUAAUCGGGGUUUGGGUCAGGGUGUUCUGGACAAUCGACCGAUAAUGCAUAUCUUUAAGUUGGUGCUGGAACUGAGGGAGCCAUGUGUUAAUCUCGAUCAGCAGCAUCCUUCGGGAUUCCUAACCACAAAUACUCACUGGCAAUUGAUGGCACUCACGUAUCCCAUGGACAAAUUGGUUUUCCAUGAGAAUGAAUGGGUGGGAAUGGUACCGACUUUUGGGGAGAAUCAUGAGGCCACGGAGAAGGGUAUUGAAGUGGCAAUUUUGAGGGAUUUACCGCAUUUGCCGAUGCCCAAGUCGAUACCCGGACGAAAUUCCCUGGGGAUUGUACUGAGGCGAAUUCGGGUGGAAAAGUGCAGUACUGAUCCGAAUUUAGAGGGUACAGUGAAUAUUCGGCGACUUCUGAGUCUCGAUGAUGGCAAAGAUAUCUACUCGGCACCCUUCAGUCUGCUCAAAAGGGAAGCUGUUGUGCCGUCGGAUGAAGUUGUCUUGUGUCCGAUGGAGGUGAAAGCUUUUAUCAUUGGCAGAUAAAAUCGCCGGAAAACCAGCGGAAAAAUGUGAAUAAUUGAUAAGAUUAGCACUCUUUUGUGUUUGUGAUUUUACAAGUAAUAUUUGUAAGGUUUAUGUUUAAAUGUACAAUUCCACCAACUUA